ACCUUGACCACAACAUCGUAGUAGCGUUAAACCACGAUACCGCACCCCAAACUUCGCAUCUUGUACCCGCUUCACUCGUCGACAACUUCGCUGCUCACCGUGGACUUCUCAACCACCGCGGUACGAAACUAAGGAGUACACCGACUAGACAAUCAGGCGCAAAUCGCCCACGCGCUAUAACACAUUACGCGCAAUGUCUCUCUGCAUCAAUCGCCUCUCGGAGGAGAGGAAGUCCUGGCGAAGAGACCACCCCUUUGGCUUCUUCGCAAAGCCCAUGCGCGGCACCAACGGCAUGAUGGACCUCAAGAAGUGGGAGUGUGGUGUCCCCGGCAAGGAAAAGACCAUCUGGGAAGGCGGCCUCUUCAAGCUGGAAGUUGUCUUUCCCGAUGAGUACCCGACAAAGCCUCCCAAGUGCAAGUUCGUUCCGCCGCUCUUCCACCCCAACGUCUACCCUUCAGGCACCGUCUGCCUCUCCAUCCUCAACGAAGAAGAAGGCUGGAAGCCCGCCAUCAACAUCAAGGAGAUCCUACUCGGUAUCCAGUCGCUUCUCGACGAGCCUAACCCAGAUUCUCCAGCUCAGGCUGACGCAUUCAACCUUUUCAAGAAGGACAAGAUUGCGUACGAGCGCAAGAUUAAGCAGAUUGUCAAGGAGAACCCGGCACCUUAGUAUCCUGAGGCUCAGGAGUGGCCUAUGGCUGAUCUGGGGAAGCGCAAGAUCAAGCAGAUCGUCAAUGAAGACCCGGCACGUUAGGUACCAGAGGUUCAGGAGGGGCCUACGGCUUACCUGGGGAAGCGCAAAGGGAAGUUGUGACUGGCGGCAUGGGAUCUUGGCUUGUAACUUGAAAGUUGGCAUAGGCCGGCAUGAAAACGACUUGAUGGUUGCACAUUACUUUUUUUGGACGAGCGAGCUUCUAGCUUUGGCGCAUAUGCACGUCUUUGACGCGAUCAAGGCGGAUCCUGGCGUUCUGGUAGUACAAAUUAUGCAAGCGGGGGGCUACUUAGACGGAGAAAAGAGCCA